AUGGGCAUCGCAUGGUUCAUCGAACUGCCUGGUGGUUCGAACCCGCCCAUCGGACGCAUCAUGCCGUUAGGCGACGUGCGAACGGACCGCACUGAUGUGGACAUCGAGAAUGCAGCCCCGAACGGUGAGCGGAUAACACUGCGUGUCCAGGGUCAGGACAUUUGGAAGCUGCGCACCAAUGUGUAUAUGGGCGAGAAAGUCGUCAUGACCACGAAGAGAAUGGACAAGAUUGUCGCGGGGAUGGACAUCGCGCUCGCAUCUGCUAUCGUCGUGUUCAUGGCUGCAACCAUGUUUAGUAACGGUACCACUACCGCUACGCCAUAUUAUGUGUCUUGUUGA